AUGACUGGAUCCAUAAUUCCUCUAAAAUGUUAUUGCAAUAACUAUUCGUGGGGCAAGAAAGGGAGGGCAUCUCUUGUGGCCCGACUUUGUGAAAAACGAAAUCCAGACUUUAAAAUUGACGACAAAGAAUAUGCAGAGAUGUGGAUGGGGACAUAUCCAACUCUCCCAUCUUACGACGCCCGAACUUCAUGGCCACUUCAAGAUGUCCUCAAUGAGAAUUCUGAAAAGCUAAUCGGGAAACAUGCGCUCGACAAAUUCGGUUCAGACCUGCCAUUCCUUCCAAAGAUUCUGUCCAUCGCCAAAGCUUUGCCUCUUCAAAUUCAUCCAAACAUCAAGCUAGCAGAAGAGCUACACAAUGAAAAUCCCGAGAAGUUCACGGAUCCCAAUCACAAGCCGGAAAUAGCAGUGGCUCUGAGCAAAUUCGAGGCAUUUGUAGGUUUCAAACCGCUGGACGAAAUCAAAGAUCUGCUGGCUCUCGAGCCAUUAGAGCAAUUUCUACCGUCGCCUUCGAAAACAAAAGCAAAAUCGGAUCCGCAUUUCAGUGACGCGACGCUAAGGCACGUCAUCAAAGCGAUGCUGAAUGCAUCGGAACAACAAACAAGGACCGUUUUGAACAAACUCCAUACAAUCAGUCCCCAGAAAUUCGCCAAUCAGGCGUAUAUUCUCAAACUAUUGCCUCGCCUCGAGGAUCAGUACUCCCAAGAUGACAGCGGUAUCCUCGUUGCUCUCAUCUGUAUGAACUAUCUGAUCCUGGAACCAGGAGACUCCAUCUUUGUCCCUGCUGAUGGCAUUCACGCUUACCUGUCUGGAGAUAUUGUUGAAUGUAUGGCGCGAUCAAACAAUGUCCUCAACACGGGUUUUUGUCCGAGACUGGACCGAGAUUCAGUCGAUUUGUUUGUCCAAAGCCUGACAUUUGAGCAACACGACAAGCAAAGCCCAGUUCUGAAGCCGGAAAAGAGUGACAAAAGCUUGGACGGCAAGACUGUUGUGUUGCGACCACCGCUGAGUGAGUUCAACAUGCUUGUCACCGAGAUGAAAAGUGGGGAUGUGGAACGAGUAAAGGCUAUCGAUGGGCCGAGUGUCAUUGUGAUCAUGAAGGGAAGUGGUCAGCUAGUGGGAGACGGUGAAGAAUUUGAGAUCGGUGAAGGGUCAGUAUACUUUAUUCGCCAAGGUGUGGAAAUCGAAGUGGUUGCCCGAGAGCCGCUUGCAGCGUAUCGCGCAUUUGCGGAUUGA